AUGGCUACUUUCAAUACAGAAGCCCCAUCCCCAUAUGCCCCUUCCGUGCCUAGGAUUCCAUUUUCCAAACCUAUCUAUCCCCAGCUUGCCUCUAUGCGCCCCCCAAUGGAGUAUAGUCUGCCAGUCUAUGCUCAGCACCUAAGGGCACAGCUCAAUCAUGUGCUCGAUACUAAUAGACUGGACCGGCAAACGCAGAAACUCUCUAACCAGAGGAUUACUGAAGUCUGUCAUCAGAUCAAGGCGCGGAUCCGUGAGGUGAGCGAUGGGCUCUGUACACUUGAGAACUAUCUACCUACGAACGAGGGCAAACCGCUCUUACGUGGCAUCUACCAUGCCCUCCAGAGCAUCACGGGAGCCAGUCACAGCAUUAAGAUGCAUGCUAAUGAAGUUGACUGCUAUUUGGGAUUGCGCAGCCAGCAAGACGAUUCAUAUCACAAAUUAUCUCAGUUCGCCACCACGAUGCGGAACCAGAUUCCAACGAACACUUUGCCUCCCUUCGACCCUAAGAAAUAUGAGGCAAGUUCAUCGGAAUGCGCUUCCGUAUUCGAACAGGGACAGGAGGUCCCGGAAGUUACUGAAUCAUCUGCCUCAUCUGCGCCCUCGUCUCGGACUUUUGGCUCGGGGUGUAGAGGUUUGGGGGACGCGUUGUCCAGCCAGCGUUCAGAAACCGCGCAUCCUGAGUUGUGCAUAUCGGGGGAGGCGCUAACGUCUAUUUCUGAAGAGAAUCAAAAGAGCGCGACUGCCUGCCUGCCUACCACAAACAGCCAUCUUGCCUCCGGGGAAGUUCAAGAUGACCUCUGCAAGGAUGAGGAGGAUACCUCUGAUUACUCAUUGAUUGAAGAGGAUCUCAGCUAG